AUGAUGGCCUUGCCGUUCCUCGCCUUUUGGUGGGUGUGCAUGGUGGUGGUGACGGCUCUCGGCGCACUCUGCCCGCGGCUGCAGUCCGCAAUGGCCAUCGUCCUCUCCGGCGUCGCGCCGCGGCCAAACUCGGACCAGCAGCGCGCGCGCGUCCUCUUCGGCCGCGUCCUCCUCGCCGCCGUGGCCGCGACGCUCGUGCUCAUCUACCUCCGCCACUCGGCGCUCACCCACGCGCACCGCCUCUGCUACAUCGCAAUCACCGCGCUCGGGUUCGGGUCGAUGCCGGCCCUCACGGAGAUCGGCCGGCCCGGGGAGCCGCUGCUGGUUGGAGGCGCGCUGGUGCUCGGCGCGCUGAUGCUCGGCGAGGCGCUCGGCUACUUGAUGGAGCAGCACGCGCGCCUCGCCUUUCUCGACCGCGACGCGGCCGCGCUCCCCCCGCCGCCGUGCGUCAAGGACAUCUUGAUCGACCGCGUGGUCGGCGAGGGAGGCCAAGGGACGGUCUACGCGGGCCGCUGGCUCGGCAUACACGUCGCCAUCAAGGAUGAGGCGCGCCUGCUCGCGCGGCUCCGCCACCCGUCGGUCUGCACUCUCUUCGGCGCGACGGUCCUCUCGGACGGCGGCGGCGCGCUCGUGCCCGCGCUGACCACGGCACGGCGCGUGAUGCUCUCCAAGCGGGGCGAGCCGAUCGCCGUCGGCUUGGCCGCCCGGAUCGCGGCCGAGGUUGCGACGGGCAUCUCCUUCUUGCACGGCAAUGGCGUCAUGCACCGCGACAUCAAGCCGAGCAACGUGCUCCUCGACACGGAGUACCACGCGAAGGUGGCCGACUUUGGCCUCGCGCGGCUCGUGCGCGCCCAGUCGAGCGCGCGCAGAGGGCCGCCGACGGUGGGCUACGACGAGCGGUGCGACACCUUCUCCUACGGGAUGCUGCUCUGGUCCCUCAUGCACGAGGUGGCCGUCCCGCCCUCCUCCGCCUCCGCGUCGCGGCCGCGCGUGAGCUUGCCGCCCGAUCGCGCCGUCUACUCGGGCCUGAUCACCCGCUGUUGGCAGCAAGACCCGGCGAUGCGGCCGAGCAUGCAGGAGACCGUGCACGUAGGCCUGGUCAACAGCUGCUCAAACAAGCUCGACGGCGAGCCCGCGUCGGAGCAGGAAGGAGACGUUGGAUUCGUUGAUCAGUAA